CUUCCACACACCACACCAGAAACAAAGAAACAAACACUCGACCUCAAUUUCCUAGCUAGGCUAGCUACUCUCGAUCGUCAUCCAUGUCCAUGUCAUGCGGCGUAUGCGGCGGCGUAGGCAACUGCCUGCACCACCACAUCAUCGACCACGCCCCCAUGUUCCCUGUUCUUCGUCACGAGCCACCGCUGCUCGAGUACCAGUUCUUCGGCAACGGCCAAGGCCACAGCGUGGGAACGUGGCUCCCACCGCCGGCGGACCACCACAACGUCCAGAACACCAGGCCGCCGUCGACUUUUCAUGGCCUGCAGUACCCACCGCAUGGACACCAAGCAGCAGCUGGGCUGAUCACGUUCCAGGUCGACGCCGGCAGCCGACACAUCCCACCGGCCACACCUCCCACCGCCAUGCCGUUAUGUGGGGGCACACUCACUAACACAGCGGGAAGUGAGUUGAUAAUGGCUAUCGAUGGAGACAUGAUGAUGGUGGCGGCGCAUCAUCCAACGGUGCACGAGAGACGUGCGAAGGUGAUGAGGUAUAGGGAGAAGAGGAAGAGACGGAGGUACGAGAAGCAGAUCCGAUAUGAGUCUAGAAAAGCUUACGCCCAGUUGAGGCCACGAGUCAAAGGCCGCUUCGCCAAGGUGCAUGAAGAAGCCACUGUGCCAUUGUCACCACCACCAUUGACCUAUGAUCCCAGUAAAUUAGAUCUCGGAUGGUUCCAUCCAUAACAUGUGAUACAAACUAGCUAUUACAGUCCCAUACAUAUUUCUACCUUAUCCUCCAA